AUGCUGCAUGUCUGGAGGUUUCCCGCAGCUGAAGCAAUAUCCUAUAUAUUGGGCGCUUAUCGAGCGCACAUUGCUUACUCUCACCUCGCUAGCAAUGUCAUCAACUCGCCCACGCCUGGGGAGAUGACGGAAGAUCUGCAGUUGCUGGACCGUGUCGCGCAGGGCAUCGAGACCGCCGCUCAGGAGGAGAGCGACUUUCUUCCGCUGGCAAGGGCGAUGCAAAGGAUCAAUACAGAGAUCAGGACGAAAGUCGACCAAUGA